AUGUCUACUCUGCCUGGUCGUAAUCAUAUGUCGAUUUCCACUCCCUCUUUGGACGGCAAAGGCUCUUUAGGCGGCAAAGGUUCUUUAGACGGGAAAGGGGGUACAGAGUCAGCAGCAGAAGCAGGAAAUUCCACGAAAAGGACGGGUCCUAGCUAUGGUGCAUUCGAAUCAAAUCACCCUCUCUACAACAACGACCGUUUCAUUGGCCGCAUUCCGUCGAAAUCUUUUGCCCCUCCUCUUACCGUGGCGUCUAUCAAGCGGUCCCUUUGUAAACUUGAGGACCUUUCGAAGCCCGACAAGGCGCUUCUCUUCACACCGCUCUCAAGCCCAGCACCCAAAGAAGAUUCCGCCCGCCUCUCUCUGUACGGGCCUUCUGGUCCAGGCCUGUCGGAACAAGAUCCGAUCGCGUUGGUUGUCGAGUCGGAAAAGAGGACCGAGGAGGUCUCGCAGUUGGACAAGCUGCCGGAACGCUUUGAAGAGACCGAGAUCCAUUACGGCAAGUCUUUUUAUUAUCGCGUUUACUUAUCAGAGGGAAAAGGAGAUGAAAAGGCAAAGACAUCCUUUGACGAAAGCGAUCUUUCGUUAGGACGCAUCAACACCCUCUUCAUUGCGCCCCCUCACACCGCUGGGUCUUUGAAAGCAUGCAUCGCAAAACUUGAAAGCCUCGUCACGUCGGGUCAUGCGCUCUACAAUGACAUGGAACUCUUCGAGAACGUGAAUAGUGACGCUGGGAUGAGUGACACUGACAUCAUAUCCUUCCAAGGUGACACUUAUCCGGGUAGCGAUGAAGGCGAUCCCGUAUCCCUUGUCAAUGCAACCACCAAUACAGCUGCAGACCAAAAGACUAAGCCUAUACGAGGUAAAGUUCUUGGCAAAUAUCUACUAGCCAUUGCGGCAACAAACCGUGCUUUUUCAGAUGGACCAGAUUCAAAAUUCACGAAACGCGCUCGGUUGACUGGUACUGGCAACUACCAUAGCGGUAAUUCCGCCUGGCUAUUCAUCAUCAGAGAUGAGAUCGUUUACACGGAUGGAGUUAGCAUCUCCAAAAAAUACUCCCCCAACAGCCGUAUUUCUUUCCCUUUCUGCUUCAUCACCAGAUACAUGGUCAUCAAUUCCAAGGGUGAAAAAGGCUUUGUGAUGUCGAGGUAUGUUCAAUUCAUCUGA